CCCGGACCUAUAGGCGCGCUCCCGCUCUCUCCCUACUCCCACAAGGCCGACAGUGGUGGGGCGCGCGCACAGCGCGCGCACGAUCCUCUGGCUUGGCCUGGCACAUUCCCUAUUUACCCCCGCCAGUAACUCCGGACCCCCUCCUCGGUUUUUCAAUACUUCUUCCAAUCUCUAUAGUCAUAAAUACCUAUCCCCUCCCCCUUCAUUUUUCUGUCCCCUGAAACGGUCGCGGUCGCGGGCAGGUGGGUCAGGCGGUUGGUCUCUCCGGGGUGGGCGGGGAAAUGAAAGAAGCUAGGUUAGCCCCGCCCCCAGAGCCAGUGAGGCGGCGGGUAACGGGGGUGGGGGAGGGCGUUGCUAGGGUCGAGGGGGAGGGGUUACCGUUGGCUAAAGGGGCGGGGCAGAGUGGGCGUGCGCACGCGUGCUGAGCUCUGCGAAGGGUGAGCGGUUUUCCCUCCCCCAACGGGAGCUUCUGCUUGCCUCAGUGGGCUUCCCGCGCGCGGCUCGCCGCCGCCGCCGUCCCGGGUUUCUGGUGCGCGCCGUGCCUCCCUCCCACCCUCCCUCGUUUUCUUUCUCCCCCCAGGCGCGAGCCGCCACUCCUCCCUCCCUCCCUCCACUUUCCCUCCCCCUCCCUGUCCUCCUCUUCCUAGUGAGUCCGGACGCGGGGAACGGGGCCUCCCGGGCCGCCCCGCGCAGGCUCCUCCCCCCCACCCCUCGCUCCCGUUGCUGCUGCUGCCGCCGCCGCUGUUGCCGCCACGCCUUGUGGUUGGGGGACGUCCAGAAGGCGGCCGGGUGGGAACCCCGCAAUCCCCAGGUGGGCUCAGUGUUUGGAAGUCAUGUCCGGUCCGGCCCCCCGAGAACCCCACACGUCCACCCCUCAGGCGGCGGCGGCGGCGGCGGCGGCUGCUGCUGCUGCUGCUGCUGCUGCUGCUGCUGCUUCGGCCUCGGCUUCUGCAGUCGGCGGCGCUGCUGCUUCCGACCCCGCCCCCGCGGCCGAGGGCCCUUCCAAUGACACUUCGUUCGGGGAGCAGGGCCUGAGCUUCACCACCACAGACCUCAACCUGGUGGAGAUGACGGAGAUCGAGUACACCCAACUGCAGCAUAUCCUCUACUCGCACAUGGAGGCCCAGGCCAACGAAGGGGAACUGGAAACCCGGCUAAAUUCCGCCUUCUUCUCCGCGAGCAAUCCCUCGAGCCAGGCUCAGUACCAAUCCUCCAGCAGCACCAACCAGCCCAGCUACUCCUCCAACAGCACGGGGAGCCAGUCAGUGUAUCCAGUCAUUUGCCAGUCAGGUCUGACUUCUGAUGGCAGCUUUGUGGGCUCAAACCAGUGUCUGGGACACAUUGAUUUCCAGGAGCUGAGAAUGAUGCUGCUCAGUGAAUCCAAUUUACCUGUGACAGUUGCCAACCAGGUAGAGAAAACACCCAACAGUAGCUCUGUAGAGGUCACUGGCCACAGUGUGGUAAGAGUUAAGCAUGGAGAAAAUGUUGGUGGACCAAAUAAAGAAAAUAUAGCUGUUGAAAAUCUGGCUCCUGUGCCAGAAACUAGAUCUAAAUCUGCAGUCCGAGUUCGGCUGGAAGACAGAUUCAACAGUAUCCAGACAGAAAUUCCCAGGUGCCAAGAGCCUCAGGAAUCUGGAGUUACUCUUAACAAUUUGGUAACCCUUAUUCGACAUCCAUCUGAACUAAUGAAUGUUCCUCUUCAUCAGCAGCAGAACAAAUGUACCACAUUAGUGAAAAAUAAAACUGCUGCUGCUACUACUGCUUUGCAAUUUACAUACCCAUUAUUUACUGCAAAUGCCUGUUCUACUGCUGGGAAUUCUAAUCUUUCACAAACACAGAGUUCUAGUAACUCAUGUUCUAUACUUGAAGCUGCCAAACAUCAAGAUAUUGGGUUACCCAGAGCAUUUUCUUUCUGUUACCAGCAAGAAAUUGAAUCUACUAAACAGACUUUAGGCAGUAGAAACAAGCCUUUACCUGAGCAGGUUUGGAUUAAAGUAGGAGAAGAAGCGUUAUGUAAACAAGCAAUAAAUAAAAGAAAUCGCAGUCGAAUGCGUCAGUUGGACACAAAUGUAGAAAGAAGAGCUCUUGGUGAAAUUCAAAAUGUAGGAGAAAGCCAGAGCACCACAACUUCACAGGGUGCUUGGCAAUCUACAGAAUCCACACAAUCAAGCCUAGGUGACCAGACACAAAGUGGGCAACAGGGUGGACGCUCUCAGCGCAGGGAGAGACAUAAUCGGAUGGAAAGAGACAGAAGGCGCAGAAUUCGGAUUUGUUGUGAUGAAUUGAAUCUUCUAGUUCCAUUCUGCAAUGCUGAGACUGAUAAGGCUACAACUUUACAGUGGACAACAGCAUUCCUGAAAUAUAUUCAGGAAAGACAUGGAGAUUCUCUGAAGAAGGAAUUUGAAAGUGUAUUUUGUGGUAAAACGGGCAGAAGGCUAAAGCUGACCAGACCAGACUCGUUAGUAACAUGUCCAGUGCAGGAAAAUCUACAGAAUAGCCCCGCUAUGGAGAUCAAGUAGUUUGAACUGAAUACUUAGUAUUUUUAUUAAAUAUAUGGCUAUCCAGGGAUGAUCCAUAUAUAUUUUCUACAAUUCUGGAAUUCUACUCUGAUGGUCUAAUUUUAUAUCGACAACAUUUGUUAAUGGGAUUCCAGUAGUAGUGACUUACUGGCAAAAUACAUUUUGUAAAAUACAUAUCUAGAACAUUAAAUAUUUAUUCAUUCUUAGACCUUUGGGGGACCAGCAGCAACAAGAGAGCAUCUUGACAAUUAUUAGUAAGUAAUUCUUCAAUUAUCAAUGAAAUCCAUCAUGUUUUCCUAACAUGAUAUGUUAUAAAAAUAUUUGAACAAUCUAUAUAGAUUUGUGUUCAGCCUUAUUAAAAGGUACAUUGCUUUUAUUUUAUUUAUAUUUCAAAUACGCCCACUUAGCAAUUGGAACAAAGUUAAAUUGUUCUUGACUAUAAGUAGUUUGGAAAUGAUACUGUAUUUGAGUUAAUUUGCCAAUUAUCUAUCCCCCUUGAAAUUAUAUUUUCAGUCCUACAGUGCUGUUUGUUUGCAUUGUUUGCAAAAUACAGUAUUGUUUUAAACCAUUUUACUACAAGCUUUCCAAAAGUUUCUCUUAAAAGCUGCUUUUGCCCAUACAUGGUAUACUGUAAACAAUGGAUUACUUAUAUGCACAGAAUAUUUUCAUAUUGAGAGUAAUUGCUCUAUGUGAUAAUAAACUACAGUGUUUUGAACUAAAA